CGUUCCACACUCACUAGUAGCAGCAGAAGCAGCAGCAGGAGCCCUGUCUGUACUGGAUCAGUGGAGAUGGGCUGAGGCAAAGAGGACAGACCCAACAACACCGAGACCAACGGCCGUUGAGAGUAGCAGUUACAGAAGGGAACCCGGCAAUUAUUCCUGAUCCCGCUUGCCCCCUCUCCUCUCCCGGCCCCAGCAGGCCAGGGAAUGUCCCGGCAGCAAGAUGCCUUAUGUGGACCGACAGAACCGUAUCUGUGGCUUCCUGGACAUAGAGGAGUUCGAAAGCAGUGGCAAGUUCCUGCGUCGUUACUUCAUACUGGACACGCAGCAGGGAAGCUUGGUGUGGUUCAUGGACAACCCACAGAACCUGCCUGUUGGUACAGACUGUGUUGGCUCCCUCAAGCUCACCUACAUCUCUAAGGUCAGCGAUGCCACUAAGCUGAGGCCUAAGGCAGAAUUUUGCUUCGUCAUCAAUGCUGGGAUGAGGAAGUUCUUCCUGCAGGCCAACGAUCAGCAGGACCUCGUAGACUGGGUCGAUGCUCUCAAUAAAGCCACCAAGAUCACUGUGCCAAAGUUGUGUGAUGGACACCAGAAUGCAGAGAACCAGAAGGCUUUACCGGAUCUAAUAGGGCCCAAGAAACAAGUCUCCUAUAAGACCGAGAUCAUUGGAGGAGUGCCCAUCGUCACUCAGACACAACACGAUGGGGGUGAUGGUGCAGACAGAGCAGAGCGUGAGGCCAUGCAUCGCUCUCACAGCCAGCUGCCGUACUUCCUGGGCAGGCCGACUCAGGAGCACGCCGCCAUCAAGUCAGGCUACUGUGUCAAGCAAGGAGCUGUGAUGAGGAACUGGAAACGGCGAUAUUUCCUACUGGAAGAAAACUCAAUGAGUUACUUCAAGUCAGAUUUGGAGAAAGAGCCCCUGAGAAUGAUCCCGCUGAAGGAAGUUCACAAAGUCCAGGAGUGCAAACAGAGUGACAUCAUGAUGAGAGAUAAUCUGUUUGAAGUCGUCACCACAUCAAGGACGUUUUACAUACAGGCGGACAGCCCAGAGGAGAUGCACAGCUGGAUCAAGGCUGUCUCAGGGGCCAUUGUGGCCCAGCGGGGGCCUGGGAGGUCUGCUGCCACAGAACACGGCGCCCGUUCCACUUUCUACCGCAGCCCCGCGGGUCCCCCCGUCCCUCGCUCGCCCAUAUCUGCCAUGCCACCAUGCUACCCAGAGUGGGGGGCUGCUGUCACGUGCGGCACACGCUCGCAGCCUGGCAUGGGACAGCGAGCACUUCAUGAGCCUGCUGCCACGGCCCAGUCACAGCCACACGCCAGCACGCCUGUCCCUGCAGGAGACGCGCCUGGCAAAGUGACCUGCGAACCACCCGUGACCAACCUUACUAACUCUGAGGAGUCACCGUGGCGACGGCGGAGCAGCUUUGAGCCCCACAUGCCUGAACCACCCCUGGACCUGGAUGACGCUGACCUGCCAGUGAGCCAGGUCUGAGUUGUUAAACUGCACAUUAAAACUCGCUUUUCUGGUUGGAUGUUGAGAGAGAGAGAGAGAUUCGGAGAGGAAACCAUGCACAACAGGUGUUGGGGGGGGGGGGGCAGGCAUUGGUAUUCAAACCAAAGCUGUAGACGGAUGAAAAUGUACUACGUCACAAACUCAUGUUUUUGAGCUCCUCCGUCAGUGCCGUCAGUGUGCUAAAGAAACAACUUGGGUGACCACUGAACAGCGCUCACGUGCCAAAGACGCCCCAGUCUUCUCUCACACCCCCUCUGCCUGCCUACUGUCGCAUUCACAAUGGUGUAUUUAUUUACUAAGAGUUGAUGUUGUCAAACAAAACUACACAUUUUAGUUAACUAAAAUGAUGAUUAGAAUUCAAUGACAGAGCUUCAUUUUAACCAGUAAAGGCACAAUGAUAUGACGGAGGAUUUUUGUAAAAACCACUUUGUGCCAAGAAAAUAAGGGAGCUUUCAAGGUUGCAAACUAUUUCCUCUCGUCUGAAAAGUGUGUUCAAACCGAGGACUGGCUUUUCUUCACCUCUCUAAUCUACUAGUUUCAACUGUGUGGUCCAAUCAUACCCUCAGUAUUCAUACACCCUGGAUUUGUCUACUAUUGUUGGCAAGCGAUAUAGCUAGGGGUCAAGCCUAGUCUGAGAUCAAAUCCUCGAAUUAUCCUCUAAUUCAGAGAUUCUGGACUGGUCUACGACUAGAUGCAAAAAAAAAAAUCUAUAGAUUUGUAUAUGAUUCAUUGUGUAUGAUAAUGCAAGACCAAUUGUAUCACAGCCACAUUUAGUCAACUAUUUUUUUUAUUUUUAUUUUUUUAACAGUCGCCAAGCCUUUGACUGAAAUUUCUCUUUAAUUUUUUCAAUAUAUGGUAGGGAUAAAAUCAUUGAGAUUUUAGUUGACUGUAAUUGACCACAAGCUGAAAUAGCUUACCUGUAAAUAUACAGUGAAUAGUUUUUACAGUUAAUCACAGGUAAUGGUAUGAAAGUGAGAGUACUGUGCAAAAGAAGAACAAUUGUCUACGCUAUCACAGUACACGCAUUGCUUCACAGCCUGAAUCAGCCUUUUUUCCCAAACUACAUUUCAGCAUACUAGACUUUAUGGACUCCCGUUUGUGACACUGGGUGACGUAGGAACUAAACAAGAAGUACAGGGAGUACAAUUGUAUACAUUUUGUAAUUCAUAGUAAUAAAAACUUCAGCAAUAGGGCUGGGUCAGUUAAAUAAGCUUCAUGUCCUGACAGACUGGGUAAUAACCGGCUCACCAGAGUUAACUAAACCUGCAGUUCAUUGUUUGAAGAUGAGUAUACUGUAUGAACACCAUGCAAACAUUUUGAAUCAUGGGUUUAACAGAAGAAAAGAAAAGAACAUUCAAGCUCAGACACUUCCGUUGCAUGUUAACAUUUGAUUGAUUCCUCAGAUAGUUUUUCUGUUUUUAGAUUUUCUACGGCCUCUCUGUGUAUUGUGUAUUUGCAGAAUAGAGCUGUGUGCAGCAGAUUUAUUUUUUAUAUGCUUUUUAGAGGUUUCCUGAUAUUAUUCCGUACCUGUGUUGCCAACCCAGCAGCAGGCAGCUGCCUCAUGGUUUUAUUUAAAAAUGUCUCACUGUAGUCCUGCUAAAUAAUACACACUAAUCUUUUCUUUUUUAAGUGCCUGCUUCAUUUAAGCCCAACCAAGUCGAGCUGUAUUACCCCUUUUCAGUCUGGUGUAAUUGGUUUGAAUUGUCUCUAUUUAUUAUGUGGAUGACUUGAAACAAAUAAACACUGAAAAUGUG